UCCGGUCGACUUGACGUCCUGUCCACCUUUUCCUACCUUCAUAGGCCUCCUCCCCUUCUCAGACCUAACCACCUACUGCAAGUUUGACAGUUCAGCUUUUUUGUGUGUGCUGACGCGCAGAGCAGCAGCAGCAGACAGGACUCACUGGGCUUACUUUGAUCUUUUCCUCUCAGUUUUAUCAUUGUUGUUUGUACGUGUGCGUCUUGCGUCACCUGCUGGCUAUGAAGAAUUUCAUGUAUCCGUAGGUUUGGUCACUUUUACCCCUCUUGGAUCUAUUUUUGGUUGGCGUUGUUGUAGUUUUUUUUUUUUAGUUUUUUUUUUUAAUUAUUUCUUUGUCGGGCGUCGCGAGGGAUCUAAGUUAAACAUGUCGAGGAGCACGGAUGAGGUGUACAAGCUAACUGAAAGUACAUACAAGAGUGUGAUGGAUCACUUCAACCCAGGACUGAGGAAUCUGGUCAACCUUGGCAAGAACUAUGAGAAAUCAGUGGCUGCAAUGACCAUGGCGGGAAAGUUGUAUUUUGAUGCAAUGUCUAAGAUUGGGGAGAGUGCUGCAGUGUCUCCUGUCUCCAGAGAAUUAGGUGUAGUGCUGAUGGAAAUCUCAGAGGUCCACAGGAAGGUUCACCUUGAGCUGGAAGAAAAUUUUAAGAGGUUCCACAGGGAGAUAAUAGCCGAGCUGGAGAGAAAGACUGACAUGGAUGUCAAAUACAUGACAGCCACGUUUAAGAGGUACCAGAUGGAGCACAAGAUGAAGCAGGACUCUCUGGAGAGGUCCCAGUCAGACCUGAAGAAGCUGAGGAGAAAGAGCCAAGGCAAGAACGCCAACAAGUAUGAGAACAAGGAGAGCGAGUGCCUGGAAACGUUGACAAGCCGUCAGAUGGACAUGCAGUUGUUUAUCGCAGACGGCUGUAAGGAGGCGCUGCUGGAGGAGAAGAGACGCUUCUGUUUCCUGGUGGACAAACACUGCUUGUUUUCCUACCAGAUCGCUUCCUUCCAUGACAAGGCCAAAGACAUGCUGACGGCAAAGCUGAGCAGCUGGCAGGACCAGUGCAUCGAUGCCACCGACAUGCCCGAGAGUGUCUUGACGAUGAUAGAGGGCCUGCGCACGCCCGUCUCCAUCACACCUCUGCCGUCUCCCUCCCCGUCACGGCACAGUAUGAACAUGUCUGCUCCCCCGGCCCCGCUUCUGAAGGCUCAGACCAGUCCUCUGGCUAACAUGUUCACCCAGGAGGACAACACCACCAGUGUAACCGCCACUACCAACAACAGCACAGACCACGGGAACAGUGAGGAGAACAGUCUUGCCAGGUCUGUGUCUGUUGCCACAGGCCUCAACAAUAUAGUGAAGAGGCCACGUGUGCGCACCGUCUUCCCCCACACUGCCGGCAACAACAGCACACUGCUCAGCUUUGACGAGGGAGACGUCAUCGUCUUGCUCAUCCCCGAUGAGAGAGACGGGUGGAUGUACGGUGAACUGGAGAAGAACGGAAAGAGGGGCUGGUUCCCUUCAUCUUACUGCCGUGCACUCUCCGAACCGCUCGUGAAUAACAACAGUGUGUCUGCUGCCCCGUACCGCAGUAAAAGUGUGGUCAACCUCCACCAUCAGGACACGGAGACAGACGAGGCGACCAUGGUGCUCCCCCCAGCAGACUACUGUGACACCCCGCAGCGCAAUGCCAUCAAGAACAAUAUCUCGUCCGCUAGCACCGUCACCACAAAUAACCACCAGCACUCCCCCACGCCCUCUUCAGUCUCCUCCUCCUCGUCUGAUCAGCACACGGCAAUCCAGCCUAAUGGCGUGUCAAGACCUUCGCCUGCUUACCUCGCGGGAGGGAACCCAUUCGCCACCGUCAAGCUACGUCCAACUGUCACCAACGACCGCUCCGCACCGGUCAUCUGAUCCAAUUCUGAUUCAUCCCAUCCAACUUCCACACAUCCUCCAUUCCCACAACCCCAUGUCAACCUUCUUGUGUCAUCUUUCCCAGGACGUCCAGCAGCUUCUCCUGGUCUGGAUGCAACCAGACAGAACUUGGCCAGUACUGAGAAAAACAAAUGCCAUUUGAAUCGCCUAUGGAAGUAUUUUGGGACCGUUUUAUUCACAGAACAGAUGCUUGUGUAUUUAAGAGAUUUUAUAUAUA